AUGCUAAGGCCGCCGCCGGCGCCACUGCUCCCUCCAGCUUCCCGCGCUUCCCUCCUUCCUCCCCACAAAGCCGCGAACCCCAACACCGAACCCACUCCCGCGACCUCCACGACCGCCAGAGCCACACCCAUGGGCGCGGCUGCGUCCUGGCCGCGCGCGCUGGGCCAGCGCUUCAACCCGAGAGGCGUGGCCGCGGUGGUGGCCGUCGCGGCGUCCGAGCCGCGUCUAGCGCUGCCGCACGUGUCGGUGCAGGACAUCCGGUGGCUGGACUGGGCGGAGCUCCGCCGCGCCGGGUUCCGCGGCGUGGUUUUCGACAAGGACAACACCCUCACCGCGCCCUACGCUCCCGAGCUCUGGCCGCUGCUGACCGCCUCGUUUGACCAGUGCCGCGCGGCCUUCCCCGGCGCCAUCGCUGUCUACAGCAACUCCGCAGGGUUGAAGCAGUAUGAUCCAGAUGGGUCGGAUGCCAGUACGAUUGAGGCGACUAUCGACGGGGUUCAUGUGAUUAGGCAUGAUGCAAAGAAGCCUGCUGGGGCAGCCAAGGAAAUAGAGAGUUAUUUUGACUGCUCAGCUUCAGAUCUUGUGCUGGUUGGUGAUAGAUACUUUACUGAUGUUAUCUAUGGAAAUAGGAAUGGUUUUCUUACUGUAUUUACAGAACCAUUGAGUUUUGUCGGUGAAUCUUACAUUGUCAGAAAGGUUAGAAAACUGGAAGCGUACAUUAUCAAUUAUUGGUACAAGAAAGGGCACAGACCACUCAAGCACCCUUUGCUCCCUAAUUCCGAACGGAGGGAGUAUAUGUUACCAACUGACACUCGUCUGGAGAACUUGUUGGAUUCUUUUAUCUGA